GGAACCUGAUUCUUCCGCUUUUGUGCGGAAACGGAAAACGAAGUGAAAGCGAGGCUGCUGCUGUCUCACGGCUGCCGCGGCGGCGGCGGUUCGGACUCCAGGCUCCAGGGAUGGCCGGCGCGGGAGGCAGCGGGGGCGGCGGCGUGGUCCGCGACGUGGAGGCGCUGGACGGCGUGCGCUCCAUCGUGCUAAAGCCUUCGGAGUCGCUCGACGAGUCGCGGUUCACCAGGAUCGCCGGCGCCGACUUCAACGACCCGGGCCUCGGACUCGAGGGGCUGCUUGCCUCGCUUGCGAGCACGGGGUUCCAGGCAUCCAACCUCGGCGACGCCAUCGACGUCGUCAACCAGAUGUUAGAUUGGAGGUUAUCUCAUGAGAAGCCCAGUGAGGAUUGUGAUGACGCUGAACUUGACCCUAAAUAUAGAGAAUCUGUGAAAUGCAAGAUAUUUCUGGGCUUCACUUCAAACCUCGUGUCUUCUGGCAUCCGGGAUAUAAUCCGUUUUCUAGCUCAGCAUCACAUGGUGGAUGUUAUUGUUACAAGUGCUGGGGGUAUAGAGGAGGAUCUCAUUAAAUGCCUUGCACCAACUUAUAGAGGUGAUUUUUCUUUACCUGGAGCACUGCUGCGGUCAAAAGGACUGAACCGGAUAGGAAAUCUGUUGGUGCCCAACGAUAACUAUUGCAAGUUUGAGAACUGGAUCAUGCCACUCUUUGACCAGAUGCUUCUGGAGCAAUCUACUGAGUUUCUGCAGAAGUUGCUGAAUAUCAAUACAGAGAAGAAUGUUUGGACACCGUCAAAGGUGAUAGCUCGUCUUGGCAAAGAAAUAAAUGAUGAAAGCUCCUAUCUUUAUUGGGCAUACAAGAAUAACAUUCCUGUAUACUGCCCAGCGUUGACUGAUGGAUCACUUGGAGACAUGCUGUUCUGUCAUGCAGUUCGUAAUCCUGGCCUUAUUAUUGACAUUGUACAAGAUAUACGACUGAUGAAUGGGGAAGCCAUCCAUGCAACACCAAGGAAGACAGGGAUUAUAGUUCUUGGUGGAGGACUUCCAAAGCAUCAUAUAUGCAAUGCCAAUAUGUUCCGCAAUGGUGCAGAUUAUGCUGUCUAUAUUAACACGGCCCAAGAGUUUGAUGGUAGCGAUUCCGGAGCACACCCUGAUGAAGCAGUCUCAUGGGGCAAGAUCAAGGGUUCAGCAAAACCUGUAAAGGUGCACUGCGAUGCAAGCAUCGCUUUCCCGCUUCUUGUUGCUGCGACAUUUGCACGUAAGGUUCACAGCUCCAAAUGAACAAACUGAAUCGCUUUCGGUUGAGUAUGAAUGGACAGCAGAAUUUUGUUGAACUCUCCAAAUUACCUUUUGGAGCACGAGGUCUACUCCACCUGCACAGGGAUCAUGACAUCAUGUGCAAGCUUUUUCGGUGACUCGCAGCCGCAUAUCAUUCUUGGAUGUUCACUUGAUGCUGUACUAGUUGGUUGGUGCAUUUUUGUUGCAACCAAUAAUUUAUUGAAAUACAGACAUACGAUUUGUUCAUCCUAGUCAUCUGCUUACAAAAUUGACAAAUGACCUGUUUUAUGAACAUAGUUUUUUUUUCCUUUUCACCUGAAA